AUGAGAGUGGAAGACAGAGUUCCUCAGGCUCCUGUAAAGGCCAACCAGAUAGAGGAGAGGCACUGUGGUUACAUCAAAGCGAAACAGGACCCUGACGAAGAAAAGAUGCAGUUCCAGCAUGGCAGAGUGAAGUUGCCUGGAAGCCGCACCUACAUCCACCCCCACACCUAUGAGGACCCCAACCAAGCCAUCAGGGACUUUGCCAAGGAGAUCGACGCCUCCAGCAUCCGUAUUGAGAGAGUGAUAGGAGCUGGAGAGUUCGGGGAGGUGUGCAGUGGUCGUCUGCGUCUCCAGGGGAAGAGGGAGAUCUAUGUGGCCAUCAAGAGUCUGAAGGCGGGCUACUCUGACAAACAGAGGCGGGACUUCCUGUCUGAGGCCAGCAUCAUGGGACAGUUUGACCACCCAAACAUCAUCAGGCUGGAGGGCGUGGUCACUCGAUGUAAACCUGUGAUGAUCAUCACUGAGUUUAUGGAGAACGGAUCCUUGGACACCUUCCUCAAGAAACAUGACGGCCAGUUCACGGUGAUCCAGCUGGUGGGCAUGCUGCGUGGCAUCGCCUCGGGCAUGAAGUACCUGUCAGACAUGGGCUACGUUCACAGAGACCUGGCAGCACGCAACAUCCUGGUCAACAGCAACCUGGUGUGUAAGGUGUCUGACUUCGGCCUGUCCAGAGUCCUGGAGGACGACCCGGAGGCUGCAUACACCACACGGGGAGGGAAGAUCCCCAUCAGGUGGACGUCUCCGGAGGCCAUCGCCUACAGGAAGUUCACCUCGGCCAGCGACGUGUGGAGCUACGGCAUCGUCAUGUGGGAGGUGGUGUCCUAUGGGGAGAGGCCCUACUGGGAGAUGUCCAAUCAGGAUGUGAUCAAGGCGAUAGACGAGGGCUACCGUCUGCCCGCCCCCAUGGACUGCCCCGUGGUGCUGCACCAGCUCAUGUUAAGCUGCUGGGAGAAGAGCCGCAGCGACAGGCCCAAGUUCGACAUCAUCGUCACCACCCUGGACAAGCUGAUCCGGAACCCGGCCAGCCUGCGAGAGCUGGCCAACAGCUCUGUGUGGCAAGACCCGACCACUCCUGAGGUCAGUGUGACCACGGUGGAGGAGUGGCUGGAAGCCAUCAAGAUGGGCCAGUACAAGGAGAGCUUCUCCAGUGCGGGCUACGUCACUCUGGACUCUGUCCUCUACAUCAGCGCUAGUGAACUGGGUAAGAUGGGCGUGACUUUGGCGGGUCACCAGAAAAAGAUCCUGUCGAGUGUGCAGAGCCUGUCGACCCAGGGGACCCAAGUCCAAGUAUAACAGUUUUUCCAUAGACACGCACUGAGAUUGAGAUUCCCCCAUCGAGACAGAUGGAUCUGUAAUGGUUACCCUGUGCUCCCCCAUUGAAGCGGUGCCAAGAUGGACACUGGACUCUUUUACCUCCUUGCAGCUUCACCAUUCCACUCCUUCUGGAAGCUAGAAUAGUGUAGGCACUAUCCACUUCAGCACUCGGAGUCUGGCAACCCAACAACCACCACCAGGGCCACAGAGAGACAAACCUCAAACCUGGCAACAUCUCAAAUCAUCUCAGAUCAUAUCAACUCAACAACUUAAAAAAAAAAUCAACAAAAAAACAACAUAAAAAGGACAACAAAAAAAAUAAUUAGAAUACAAUUAUCAUCACUGUCUGUGACGUUGAGUGUACAGUUGGUUUUACCGUUGUUUUGUUUUCUGUUUUAAGAUGAGCUUUUAUGGAGUUUUCACCCGGUUUUAAAGAGACAUGAGAUAUGUAUAGAUUUGUGUUUAUAUGAGCUGUGUGUGUGUGCCACACUCUAGAACUGGAUGAAAUGUUUGUCUUGGCUGUCAAGCUACAUAGAUGGACUGCUCUUCAGGGUUCCUUCCUGGUGCAUGUAAGACUCGACCCCUCCUGAUUGUAAAAAAGUACGCCAUUGGACAAGUCAAGCCCAAACAUGGCAUGAAUGUGUACCGGAGAUGGAUUGAGGGGGUUUUAUGAGUAAAGAGAUGUGGUGGAAAAAAAGAGAGCGUUAGCUAUUACUUCCAGACACCCUCAAGUCCCAGUGCUUGUGUGCUAGAUGCACUUGUGAUGUCAUUUCCUGGUAGUGCAGCAUACAGCAGCAGCAGCUGCUAAGGACGCAGUCAGUCAGACUUUCUCAGUACAUUUUUUUCUAACAGAGUUAAGACUUUCCAAAGCGCACUGAAACUGUUCCCCCUGGGUGAAUAUUGUUAGCACGUUAUCUUCCAAGAGUUCGCUGGCUUCCUGUGUUUGCGCUGUAUCAGAGAAUUGUGGUGUUGUGUAGAGCAGAGGUGAUGUGCUAAAAGUCAACACUGUUUAGAAUGUUUGUAUCUGUUUCUCCAAUGUUGUGCCAUGUACAGUAAAUUAAGGAACUGUUUGGUUUCAUUAGCUUGGUGCCAACAUGUUAGUUUGAUCCUAACAUCUUUGUAGAUCACCGCUGAUACAAUUUGAACAAUUUGGAUAAGAAAAGGUUGAUGGUGAAAAUGUGGGGUAGUCUUUCCCAGUCACCCCCCCCUCCACAAACACACACACACACACACCACCCCACACACACACCACCCCACACACACACCACUCUCCCACCCUCCCCCAUGUUGGUAGUUGUAAGGUCCUACUGUGUAUUAUCUACCACUGUUGAGCCAUGCCAUAUGCUUCCAUUACUUGAAACGCUCAACCCAAGAGCCUACACCAUUCAAACAAAUUCCAACAAUAAGACAAACACAUACAGUGCUGUUGUAAUGUCAGACGCAUGUUCAAGUUCACAUAUUCUACACAAACAUGUUUCCCAUGUGACACUUAGGAGACGGGGCUAUAGAUCAGUUCUAACAUGAUGUUUCACUGCAGAGAAAUUUGUUACCAGUCCCCCGCCUCGCCCCUCCCCUCCCCCAUACCCCUUAGUGCACACAGUCCACUAAAUCUGUUUACAACAACAGUGUUACUCUGGUAACAGAUAACAGCAGCAUAUAAACCGUUGUACCAUAGUGUAAAAUAUGUACAGUGUUGAUUAAAAAAUGUUAGAAUGUUUGUAAUGAUGAAUAUGAUGAUGAAUAUGAUGAUGUGCUUUUAUUCUGAAGGAGGAGAAAACAUUGGCGUAUUGUUGCAGGGGGCGAGUCUUAAGAGACAUGUUUUGGUGUGAUUCGCUAAACUGAUUAAUGGAAUGUAGCAUGGGUACGAUGCUUUAGCUUUGAUUGACAGGUGACAGGGCCUGUGGUUUAUACCGCAGUGGUAGAAGGGGUGGAAUAUUCUCUGAAAGGCGUAGGACUCGGUGGUCCAUCUACACCGCCACCAUAGCUGUGACUCCCUCCUGUCGUUCUGCUCUCUCUCGCUCUCUGGUCUCACUCCGGCAGGCUACCCUGGACUGUUUGACUCUUAGAUGCCUUAUUUACUGAGCUACCCCCCCCCCGCCCCCACCAUGUACCCAUAAAGGUGGUGUUACAAGUAAGUGUGUACAUAAUAUUUAUCUGUGACAUCACAGGAACACUAUGGUUCAGUAGCUUCUGGUAGACUUUAUGGAUCUCAGCAACUCUGUUUGGAUUCAGACAACCCAUUCUGCAGUCGAAAGCUGAGAGGAUGAAGUCAAAUGGAAAUUUGAAUUGGUCAGCCAGCAGCCAUUUACUGUUAAGUAUUAUUUCACCUUGUAUCCUGAGCUAGGUUGUGAGUUGGGCCAGAAUGGGGCACCCCCCCUCCCAACAUAUACACACACACACACAGAUUUUGGGUCAGAUUUGUGUUUUGCCCCUAUUAGGUUAAGACAAGUCAGGCUAGCUGAUCUCAGAGCCUCUGCAGAACCCUGUACAUUAUCCUCUAUGUUCUCUCUCUCUCUCUCUCUCUCUCUCUCUCUCUCUCUCUCUCUCUCUCUCUCUCUCUCUCUCUCUCUCUCUCUCUCUCUCUCUCUCUCUCUCUCUCUCUCUCUCUCUCUUGCCCUCUCUCCCUUCUCGCUCUCUUUCUUCUCCUCUUUUUCUUCUUUUUCUUCACUCCAUCUCUCUCUCUUUCUCUCCAUCCCUCCCUCCCCUGUACUGUGUCCUUGUGGCAGGUUCCCAUGCGCUUGUUCUAAAGGGUGUACGCAUUCUAAUGUCCUUCAUGUUGCUGUAAUAAAUAUGCUAAUAUUUUUAAUUUCUCACCUGAA